UGCUUCACCUCUUCAUCUCUCCCAUUCUCAGACUCCACAUCUUCUAUUUCACCUCUCACCUCCACCCGAGAAGGGAAAAAAUAGUUUCAAAACUUGCUCUUUUUCAACCAAUUUCUUUGUCCUUCAAUUAAUUUUUUCCCUUUUGAAGUCUACACAAACCUCUUUUCUGAUGAAAAACUCAACUUCUAAUAAUAGCCAUAUCCAAUAAAAAACUGAAAUUAGCUACUAACGUUGUCGCUAAAUCGCUCGUAGCUACCAGAAUUUCUUGACAAUUUGUCGCUUGUCCGUCGCUGAGAUUAGCGACGAAUUAUUUAGUUUAGUUACAGAAUUUUUCCAUCGCUAAAACCAGACUUUUUAGUAGUGAAUAUACAAACUUCUCUUUCUGAAGUUUGCCUUACGAUUUUCAGGUUAGCUAUGUCCAUAGCUGAUCCCUGGCCUUUUUCUUAAAAUAAAAAAGCCCACCAUAAAACAACUCCUUUCCUUACAAAUUUUUCUUUCUAAUAUUAUUUUUUCAGCUUUUCCUAGUACAGAAAUUAAGCAUGGGCAAGUUACGUGGUUUUGUGCUCAAACACCGGGUCACCACACUUUUCCGAUGCAUGUACCGGAGACAGCGUUCGCCGGCGAGGUACCGGCGGCUGGACGCAAUUCCAAGUUGGGGUACAAAAUCCGUUUCUAGGUUCUUGAGCUGGACCCAACGCCUCAAGACAAGAGCCAAGGCUAUAUGCAACAAAGCUAAUUGUUCCAGGUCGGGUCGGAGCUACAUGCAAAUCGGGCAGGACCCGAUUGAAGAGGAAGCUGUAACGGUGCCAAAAGGUCACUUGGCAGUUUAUGUGGGACAAAAAGAUGGUGAUUACAGAAGGGUUUUGGUUCCUGUAAUAUAUAUAAAUCACCCUUUGUUUACUGAGUUGCUGAGAGAGGCUGAAGACGAAUACGGGUUUAAUCACCCGGGUGGUAUCACAAUUCCUUGUCGGAUCUCGGAGUUUGAGCGUGUCCAGACCCGGAUCAAACAGGGUCGGGUCAGAUAACCCGGUCAACGUGAACAUGAAAGUGAUGAGCUGAAAGCGUGAAACAGUGGCAUUUGGAUUAUUUAUGAUGAUGACGAUAAUUAUUCAGAGACAGUUGAGAGUUGUUUUAAGCAUUUUUGUAGUUUUUUGUUAAUUGCAUCCUUUUUUUUGUUUUUUGGUCUUUAUAAUUUUCGGAGGUUUCACUUCUGAUGUAAGAGUAGUUUAUUGAUGUACAGUAUAGAGGAAACUUCCUAUCUCUUUCCAGUAUAUUUGGCUUUUCUUGGCCUUUUUUGGUGUGUAUGCAAAUAGUAUCAUUUUGUGGUA